AAUCUCUGUGAAUCUUUGUUUCUAUCGUCUCAUAUCUCAGCAAUCAACAAUACUCCUCUCAUAAUCAAAUUAAAUUAAUGAAUAUAUUCCUACAUUCCUCAUUUUUCUUCAUUUUCAUUUUGAUUAUGUAAUUCCCACUCUCCUCAGUUCAUUUUUCAAUUUCUGAUAGUUUUGCAUAAACCUUGUUUCAUGUUUGUGUUUUCUCUUUUGAUAAGGUUAUGUUUGCACACCAACUGUUUGCUGAAAGUAUUUACCUUACUUGCAUUGUCUCGGACCCUAGUUUCUGCACACCUUGUACAUGGAUUCUUAGUUGUAACUGUUGUAAUGCUUAAAAUUCAGGUAAGAAGAACAAAAGAGGGAAGGAGAAGUUGAUAGCAGUAGAAUGGUGGUCUCCAGUACCAAUCCCCACAAUAAGGAGAUAGCCAUCCGGAGGAGGAUUGCUAGCAUAUUUAAUAAACGUGAAGAUGAUUUCCCAUCUUUGAGAGAAUACAAUGAUUACUUGGAGGAAGUGGAAGACAUGACAUUUAACUUGAUUGAAGGAAUAGAUGUUUCUGAUAUUGAAGCAAAAAUUGCCAAAUACCAGGAAGAAAAUGCAGAACAAAUAAUGAUUAAUCGAGCUCGUAAGGCUGAAGAAUUAGCUGCAGCCCUAGCAGCAUGUAAGGGUCAACCUGCACAAACUGAUAAUGAUGUGACUGCAAACCAAAACUCUCAAGUGGGAUUUGGUGGUGUUCCUCAAGGACAAUAUGCACCUACAUUUCCAGGAGGACAGCCAAGGCCUGCAGGCAUGGCCCCACAACCUUUACCACUAGGAGGGAGUGACAUGCUGGGCUAUGCAGAUGAUGAGGAAACAAUGAGGCUAAGAGCUGAGAGGGGAGCAAGGGCUGGAGGGUGGAGUCUAGAAAUAAGUAGGAAACGGGCACUUGAAGAAGCUUUUGGAAGUAUUUGGAUUUGUUGAGAAUAUUCAUGCAGGCCGAUCAUAUGCUUGUUUAAAUAUCAAUGUCACAACCCAUUUUUGUGUGGAUACUCUAAUGUAAAUGUUAGAAUGUAAGUUUUGUUGCAUUUUUGUUUUCCUUUCUCCUGAUAUUUUACCCUUUCUUGGAUUAUCAUGUGUUAAUCUA